UAUAGACUUCCGCUAAGUCCGCGUUUUUCAAUUUUGUUGUUGAUUGUAACGAAAUGUGAUCAAAAUAUGUUAAGAAAGAAAGAAAUCUUCGUGAAAUCAAGUAGUGUAUUCUAAUCUGAACAAUGUCUAAUCCCGAACAAGGAAAGGGGGACACGGAAGAGGAAGAUAUGGAACAGGAGACUUUAGAAAGUGACAAAAGUUCCGAUGAAGAAUCGGGGUCGACCGAGGAAGAGGAUGAAUCUGAAAUAGAUGAAGAAGAAUGUGAAAGAAAAAGAAAUGAAUGUUUAGAAGAUAUGGCGGAGCUAGAAAGACAAUUUAAUGUAUUGAAAGACGAAUUAUACAAAGAGAGAUACAAUCAGUAUGAAAUAAAACUAGUGGAAGUAAAAGAAGAAAAAGCUGAGGAAUAUUUAAUGCCAUUAGCACAGUUGGAGCAAGAGAGUAAAAUAAAAUGCGAUGUUGCAGCCAUUUUUCGUGAACAUAGAAUUUGUUGUAUAAAAAUAAACUUUGAAAGUGAGGAACUAGCAGCAUUUCAGAAUCUUCAGAGUGAAAAGAUAAUACAGGCUGAUACAGUUCGUCAAGAGUUAGAAGAUAAAAUAAAACGUUUAGAAGAAGAUAGAAAUAAUAUAGAUAUAUCCUCAGAUCUUUGGCAUGAAUCACAGAGUCAGAAGAAAAGAAAGAAAUCCGACCCAUUUCACAGAGACAGACGGCGGAAACCUAUUGUUGUUACUGGACCCUAUAUUGUUUAUAUGUUAAAAGAUGUUGAUAUUAUUGAUGAUUGGACAACAAUAAAAAAGGCUUUAAAACAACAGAAACAACAAAAUCAGAAGAGAAAAAUAGAAUUUUAAUAUGGGAAUAUACAAGUGUAUGCUGUGAUUAAACCUAAUUUCCCUUGUGAACUAUCAGUUUCCUUCUAAAAGGAAUCCAUGUGUCUACAUAUGUUUUGAAGAGAUCAAACUGGAUGUUCCAUUGGUUUGUUUAGAAAAAUUGUGUAGAAAAAAUAGACAAUGUUGUUAAAGAAGACGUAAAUAAUAAUUAACAUUGACUAACGCUCUUACUGUCAUUAACAAUUCCUAUGUUCUGUUGUUAGUUAUAGAAUUUGCCAUUCUAUGGCUGAUAUUGGUGCAUUUAUUGUUUCAACAUUGUUUAGUAAUAUUUCAUAGCUGUUCAUAUCAAUUGACUGGAGAUGUAUUAUUGAUCUAUACUGACGUCCAAAAGAAAGUAUACACACUAAAAGUAUGACUAAGUUUUGUUUAGAUUAAAAACAUUUGAUAAAGCAUUACUGAGUUUGUCUCUUGCGUCCAAACUCAACAUUUGUAAGCAAAAUAAAAAUGUGAAACAAAUUGACAUUCUACCCAAAUACCGUAUACCAUGGAAAAACGACUUUGGUUGAUGCAGCACAAAAUGCACAGUGUAUACUUUCUUUUGGACGUUAGUAUACAUUAUAAUGUAAUUGACAUAUUUCACUAUAUUAACAGCAUUAUGUUGGUAUACAUGUACUAGGCUUAGGCAUUAAACUAUUGUAUAGUUUGAAAUAUGCUUUGAUAACAUUCUUUUAUAUCUUUGAAAUGAAAGUUACUAUCAGAUAUAAAAUAAUCCUAUCACCCUACCAAUAUCAGAUUUUAACUAAAUAAUACAAUGCACACACACAUACAUGAUUUAAUAUUUCUUUUACUGAAUUCCCACUUUUAAUGAGAAUCUAAUAAUUAUUUAUUAUACUUUGUUUCAAAAAUAUUAGUUUUGUCAUUUGUGCAAUGUUGUUGGGGGUGGGGUGGGGGUGGCUAUGCUACUAUGAUAAUCCUCCCCUGGCCCCCCAUAUCUAUCCAGAACCUCCCAUUAACUUGUAUGCUUGCUUGAAAGAAUGGAGUAUGAAGUAUCAACAAAAGGGACUGUUGAAGGAAAUCUUUAGAAAUAAAGUAGAUUAGGUCAUCUGCUUUCCCUAUGCUUGUUACAUUUAUAUAUACAGUCAACUAUAGACAUAUAUAUAUAUAUAUAUACGACGUAUAUAGAUCAGAAAAUAAAGGGUUUAUGAUAAUAGUCAAAUUAUUUUGUAACGUAGACAUGAAUAUUGUUUAUCAGAUUUUAACCAAUCAUGAUGAUAUUCAAUCUGAUUAAAAUAUAUUUCGUUUCGUUUUUUUAUACUUUCGAUGGCCUACACUACAUGAAGAUCUGACUGGUUGUAGUGAUAGGUCGCGUCAGAGGUCAUAUGAGCGACUUUUGACCCUAUUACGUCGGACAUUCGAUUAACCAAUCAGCAUUGAUGUUACUAGUGGAUUACCCACAGUUCCUUGAAAAACACGCCUAAUUCCUCACACCGUUCAGAACACGUCAAUGAUAAUAACUCUUUCAGAUCCUAGUGUAGUAUUUAGUAUAGACAAGUUAAACAAACUUUUGACCCUAUUACGUCGGACAUUUGAUUAACCAAUCAGCAUUGAUGUUACUAGUGGAUUACCCACAGUUCCGUGCAAAACACACCUAAAGCUUGCCUUAACAGAUUGUUUCAUCGGCUAAUUCCUCACACCAUUCAGAACACGUCAAUGAUAACAACUCUUCCAGAUCCUAGUGUAGCAUUGACAAGUUAAACAAAAUUUUGAACUAUAAAAAUGAAACGAAAUAGGAUCUGUGUUUUAAUCAGAUGGGAUGAUAUUUUGUAUCGGAUAUGAACUGAGACAAAUUGAUUUCUCUAUUGUAAUUGCAGCUAUAUUUAUACUCAGUAUGUUAUUAUAGUCAAGGAUUAUUUUACAUGUUGCAUAAUUUCUUGAUGCACAAACAAGUAUUUUAUUAUAUAACGGAAAAUGUCUUUUGUUCUGAAUGUCAACCAUGUCCAAAGAUAGAUAAAAACAAUUUGAAAACAAAAAUAAUUGUUAUUGU